AGAGAAGUUGACGUGUGGAAGCGAUUGCGUCACCCACACAUCCUCGAGUUCUUCGGGGCUUGCUCGAUUGCAGAUCCACCCUUCAUGUUCUGCGCGUAUAAGCAGCACGGAGACGCUGCUCUAGCUGACCUGUUCAUUCAGUUGUACGAAGCAGCGCUAGGCCUUGAAUAUUUGCAUUCAAAUGGGGUCGUUCAUGGCGAUAUUAAAGCUUCUAAUAUUUUGAUCGACGAACACGGAAGGGCUUGCCUCUCUGAUUUCGGACUAUCCCAAAUCAAGAUACAUACAACGUCAAUUCGUUGGCAGGGAACGUCUCCCCAGCAUGGAACUGCGCGUUGGAUGUCGCCGGAGCACAUGACUGAGGGCGUUACGAACAAGAGAACCGACGUCUACAGUUUCGGGAUGACGAUGUACGAGGUAUUCACUGGCAAUCCUCCCUUCGCCGCGACGCCUGAAACCAUGCUGCUUGCCGUCAUAUGUAACCGGGGUGUCAGGCCCUCUCGCCCAGAGGGUCUGGCUAUCGAGAGAAACGGGCUCAACGACGAGAUCUGGGAAGCGAUGACUCGCACUUGGGCUCAUCAGCCGGAGCGGCGGCCUCUCGCGUCU